UUAUAUUAUGUCGUUGUCAAACAUUACUACCUUUAAUCAACCAAUAUCCUCGAUAAAAUUGCUUUCUCAAAGCCAAUUUGUUCCUGAUGUGAUCUGAGUCGAAUUCAAAGGCCGGAUAAGUUAUACGACUGACUGAAACACCAGUUUUCUCGUCCAGUGGGGGAAAUGAUGUGACAAAAUCUUACCAAAGUAAAAGCAAUUCACCUUUACUUUUGUGGCAGAAAAACGAUUAAUAUUUGUUGUGGAUUGUAGUCUUCGCGGUUCUGAUGCCGAAUAAAUUGUGUAGGUGUAAUCAGCAACGUUUCGGAGAAUACUUCGACCUCGAGGAUGGAGAAGAUACGUUCCGAAACGCAGAUAACAACCAACAUUAACACGGUGUCCCAACCCACAAGACCACGAUGUAUAUUUUCACAGUCGCAAAAGCCUCAAACCUCACACAAGACUACUGAUCGCGAAACGUAACGCAACUAACAUCAAGACCAAUGGCACACGCAAAAUUUGCAAAGCCCCUGCAACACAGUACACCUUCCCUCCCUUUGUGUACUUGUAUUUCGUGAACUUGGAGCCCUGCCCACAGCGGCUGCAGGUAGGGGGCGCGUCUGCUGGAGGAGCGAGCGACCAGUGUGGCGAAGAAUGCCGCAGCUGAAGCUCGGCUCCACGCGAGGCUGCUGCUGCCAGAUCUUUCGCCGAGGAUCGGCGCAGACACUGCGACGAACCCACUGGCUCGCCGGACUCCUCUUCGCGUGUAUCUGCCUUACUCUUGCUGGUUUUCUGAAUACAGAGUUUCUGGGAUCGAUCACCACUGUACCCCCUUUCGGCCUGGAGAAAACCUUCAACACCAUCCACACAGCUGAUAACGACCUGGACACACCGGGAGCGUUUCUGAGGUCGCCACCGCAAACCAUUGUUGCAUACUCGCUGGAGCGUCAAGUGGAAAUGGAGCAGAGAGAACAGAUCGUCUGCAAUAACCUUCUCGGUAUGCGACCCAUGUCCUCCCAGAUCCAUCGCAUCAACGCCUACUGGCAAAGCCCACCUCAUUCAGGCCUACACCUGUUCUCGGCCCACUACGAUGCUAGGCUUGACAACUAUCACUACGUCCGAAUCAUUAGUAUGGUCGAGGGCCACAGGAACGCCUCCAUCUACUGCCAGAUUUGGUACGACAGAGAAGUCCUCGUGCUGGAAGCAUUGCGUCUCGAUAUAUGGGCCUCACAAUGGGACAGCAACGCCAGCAUAGACUCUGACAACCCAGUGAUGUUCAGCUGUCCAGUACCAAGAAAUAUCAGCAUUGAUACAGUUAAAAGAGAACGCUUUCCUCUCGGUGUUUCUGUGACAAUGAAGCCCUGUGAGUCUCCCAGAACGUUUUUACCAAUACACACCCCUCAGAUAUCGUCGUCGGAAUCUCGGAGAGACUUCGCAGUUUGUGUAAAAGGCCUUGACUUCCAAAGGCGAGAUAUGUCGGUAAGAAUUGCGGAAUGGUUAGAACUGAAUCUAAUAUUAGGUGCAGAUAAGUUCUUCGUCUAUGUUUACAGUGUGCAUCCAAAUCUGAAGCGUGUUUUAGAAUACUAUUCCAGUAUCGGUGUUCUCGAAGUCAUUCCAUUGAGUUUACCGGGCAAACAGCCAAACAGACCAAGACAAAGGUCCAGGUACCUGAAGACAAAUCUUUGGCAAAAGAGGCGAGAUGAACUAGUGCCCUAUAAUGACUGUUACUACCGGAACUUGUAUUCGCAUCGUUUCGUACUUCCGGUAGACGUUGACGAAGUUAUAGUACCAGUAAAGACUUCAACCUGGAACGCCAUGUUCCAAGAAUUAUUUUCAGAAAAUCCUAACUUACUUGAUAAAUAUUCAUCAUUCUCAGUGCGCAACGCAUAUUUCUUUGACGAUUUCCCUGUAACUGACCAAAGUGAUGUACCAAAAUAUCAUCAUAUCCUCAGGCAUACUACAAGGAGUGCUAAUUUCAGUCCGGGACUAGAAUCUGUAAAGAGUUUUGUAUCAACAGACGGUGCGCUCACAGUGUUUAAUCAUUACACUUUAAGAAUUCUGAGGCCAUCAACAGCCCGGAACCUUGUGCUGGACAUAAACGUUGCUCAGAUGAAUCACUACCGAGCUACCUGUUCCUCAGACACUGUACCAGGCUGUCACAAUAACUUCUUGAAGUACAAGAAACGAGACGCUCUGGUGCUCAGAUACGCUAACCAACUGGAUCUGAGGUUCUCACGGCGGGGAGUAUGAACAUGGCUGUCUUCCGGGUUUACCGUCGUUUCAGAAGUAUCUGCUGAUUCAGUUACCAGGACCUGAAUGACCUGAUGAUGGAGGCAAGCAAGAGGCUUCAAAACAUAUAUAAACUUCACCAGAGAUAUAAUUUAAUACGGGACAAUUUUAUUUAAACUGUCGAAUCAUUUAAAUUUUAAAUCAAACGGAAAAUGUUAAUGCUAACUUCAAUUGUUUAAGCAGAAGAACGCGACGAAAAGCACAGAAAGGUCUCGAUUUCGUUCAAACUUCGCCGAAAUCAAGUUCGUCCUAUUCCGUCAAAUUCGUGUAAUAAUGGUGGAAAGUUAAGCCUUAGUGCUCACUGUUUACUCGGUCAAUUUUACGGUUUCCAAGUCUCGCUGUAAUCGUCAUUUCGCAGUAACUUGAAAAAACAUGGAUUUUUAACAUUUCAUUUACAAUUCUGCCAAAAGCUCCUGUUACAGUAUACGACUUCAUUGCAUUUCAUACUAACAAAUUUGCAUACUGAAAUAUUUUUAAGUAAUUUAAAUGGCGUAUGAGUGUGUAAAUGGCACAAGACGCUACGCAUAUGAAAGUAAAUUUACCAUUACAGGAACGAAUGUGAAAAAAUAAACACACGUUUAAAAUGUUUCGUGUGGAAAAGCAACUUAAGCAAAUGAAAAGGAGAAGUAGAAUAAACCAGUAAAUAACUUAGUUUCGAUAACUGAAUUUGAAAUAUAAAUGUUCACAAAUAACAAGAUGAAUUAUUGUGUACGCCUGGGCACCGUCACAACGGUAUAUCGAUAAUUUGGAAUAUUUUACAAUGUGCAUAUGAUCGUCCAGUCUCUGAAACUGCACAAACUUAGCAGAUUUUAAUAAAAGUGAAGUCCAGGACCCGUUCUUACUGACAGUAAAUGAUGGCAAUAAAUGCAUUUACUUUGUCACAAAAUAAAAACUUUUAUGUUUUGUCACUGA